CGCGUACUCUACGCUAAUCGCUUUUGUGAAAGAUAUUAAUGGAUAAUAAAGAUAAUAUAAUUAUCAAUAUAACACCAAAUACUCCUAUUAAUAGUAGCAAUAAUGAAAUUAAAGCCUCAAAUGAUCUUUUUGUUAAAUCUUUUAUAUCUAUGGUAAAAUCGCGCCCUGCCAUAUGGGAUCCAUCCGAUAAAGACUACAGUAAUAAUGAAAAAAAAUCUCAAGAUUGGGUUGACGUAUGUGACAUAUGCCAUGUUGACAUAUUAUUAGCCAAAUCAAAAUGGAAAAAUUUGAGAGAUAAUUUUGUUAAAGAGUCAAAAAAAGAUAGAUUACCAACUUCCAGAUGGAAAUUUUUUGAUUCCUUAUCUUUUUUAUCAAAAUCACUUGACUUAAGAAAGAAAAAAUCCCUAAAUUUUUUAGAAAUAUCUGUAUUCAAGUCGAAUGAUUCUAUAUUACCCAACGUAACAACUCCCAUCAUUACAAAAAUAUCAAAUUCUUUGAAUGAAACAUCAAAUUCUUUGAAUGAGACUAAUGAUCAUAAAAAUGAAAAGGCUCUGUCAAAUAAUAUAUCAAGCCUAUUAAAUGUUGAAAAAAUACUUAAAAAAAUAAUAGAAACUGAUGAUGAUGAAGAUAGAAUAUUUGUUUUAUCUCUUGUUGGAGAAAUCAAAAAACUUCCAGAAAGUUUGAAAAUACAAGCUAAAAUAUCUCUGUUGACAACUCUGAAAGAUUAUCAAGAUUAUCAAAAUCUUAGUCCUAAAAUGAAUUAAAAAAUGUAAUAUUUAAAGAAUAUAUUUUUAUAUAAUAAAUAAAUUAUGCUUUUAUUUUUUGAAAAGGUUUUAAAUAUUUAUGUAUUAAUUUUUAAAUUAAUAUGACUUUAUAUUUAUUCCUUGCAUCAUAACCUAUAAAUUUAUAUGCCACCCCUAAUUAGUACAAUAAUAUUAAAAUUAAAUAACUUAAAUUUUUUUUUACUUUACAGAUUAUAGUUAAAAUGUUUUGUUCUUAAUUCAGUUAUAAAUAUAAUAGAAGCUAAAUACAGGAUAAGGCUUGGCAAACUUUGGGUUGGGGAGAAUGGUUUAGGGUUAGUUUAUAUGCUUAAUAUUGAAAUUUAUUGCUCAAAUUUUUCUUUUGAGACAAUUUACAAAAUGACUCAUUAAAUAUAGAAAAUAAUCAUAAUUUUAAAAAUCCAGACUAGAUCUAAAAUUUUUUUUAUAAAUUCAAGAUUAAAAUUUAGAGUCAACCUUCCAACAUUAAUAGCAACUUCCUUAGAAAAUACUAAAAAAUAAAUAUAAAAAGCUUGAUCCUUAUAUUUUCCCCAAAAGCAAUGUCCAAUAGAGUCCUUCACUUGCAAUAACAUCAUUAAUAAAAUAUAGGUGUGCUCAUGGCCCAAAAAUAUUAUUUAUAUUUCUCUCCUAUUCUUCCUUUUUUUGCCUGAAUAAAUAUCACAAUUAUAAAAUAUAUCUAAAAGAUAAGAAGUUUUUUAAAAAAAUCA